UGGAAAAUACGUUCAAGUCGAGCGUACGCCGAUAACAAGAUUCCCAGUGGCUUUCUUCCUGCUCGAGUGGCCGACAUCCGAGUUCCCGGAACUCACCACGGCACAAUGCUGGCGAGGACAUUGCGCGAGGAAGGAGGUGUGAUGGGUGGCUAAAGGAGCCGUUAAGACAAGAGAACUUUCGAUUCGCCUAUCGAUUCGGCCCGCGUUAAACGGCUGCUCGAAGAAGCGGUAUCCCAGAGGGUCGCCAAACCCACGCACCCUGAGCUAUUUAUAGUGGAACGCCAUCAACGACGACGACGACGACGACGACGACGACGACGACGACGACGACGACGACGACAACGACAAUAAUAGCGAACCUCGGCUUAAACAGCUCCAAAAUGAGCUCUGUGUGGAAGAGACUUCAGCGAGUCAACAAAAGGGCUGCCAAGUUCCAAUUCACCGUAUCGUACCACGAGAUCACCCUUGUGACGACUACCAGGUGGAAACCGAACAAGUUGAGCGUUGUAUGGACGAGACGGAGCCGACGGGUGAGUUCCGAACCCUUGGAAUGGGAGCCAAGCCUUAGCGAUCCUCUUAAAGGGACGAUUCACUGGCCGGUGCCGGACAAUCACACGGUAUCCGUAACCCUUUUCAAGGAUCCUCGGACCCAUGAGCUCGAGGACAAAGACUGGACCUUCGUCAUCGAAGAUGUUUCAUCGACGGGUAAACGUCGCCAUGUGGCCGCCCUAAAUGUAAACAUGAAGAAAUAUGCAACUCUUGAAUCUAGUCAACAUCAGCUUAAUUUAGACUUAAAACCCACUUCGAAGAAAAUUGUCAGCGCUAAAUUGGAAUGUACGAUGUCAUGUGUCUUCCUUAGGGAGGGCAAGGCAACGGACGAAGACAUGCAGAGUAUGGCGAGUUUGAUGUCAGUCAAUAACAACAGCGAUAUUGCGCCUCUCGAUGAUUUUGAUAACGAAGAUAUUCCCGAGGAUGUUGAGGAUGCGUCCAUAAGGAAUAUCGAUGAAAUAUUGGAUAUUUCAGCCCAGCUAGAUUUAAUGACAAGUAGCCUUACGGGAAGCGAGUAUCCCAGCACUCCAAUAAGUGUGGCAAGCUUAUCGAAGGACGAAAAUACGCCAACCAAUGAAGAACAAAAGCACAUUUCAAGGGAUAGUAGCUUCAACCAAGAUAUCGCUGGCAUUAUUAAUGAGAGGCCCUACGUUAAAAGUGAAUCGAUGCUAAAUGAUAAAAACUCGGAACACAAUGUGCAAAGAUUAUCAUUGCGACCAUUGGAUCUCAAGAAGUCUAAUAUGCCUACCCAUCGAAUGAGAGAUAUUACUCCUGGCCAAGAUUUACUCGAAUGGUGUAAGGAAGUUACCAAAGAUUAUCCUGGUGUUAAAGUAACAAACCUAACGACGUCCUGGCGCAACGGGAUGGCCUUUUGUGCCGUUGUUCAUCACUUUCGGCCCGAUCUCAUUGACAUGGAUUCGCUUCUGUCUCACGACGUUAAAGGUAACUGCAAGAAAGCGUUCGAUGCUGGUGAAGCCCUUGGUAUACCUAGAGUUAUUGAACCCGCUGAUAUGGACAUCCUAACUGUACCCGACAAGCUGGCCGUGAUGACAUAUUUGUAUCAAUUACGAGCACAUUUCACAGGUCACGAAUUAGAGGUACAUCAAAUUGGCAAAACCACGGAUGAAUCAUCUUAUAUGAUUGGGAGAUUUAAUACGGAUAAUCAUUCGGACGUGAGUGUACAGUUAUUCGGGCAGGAGAUUAUUAAUUUAAGAAAGAAGGAAUUUUCGGAACAACGAAAUAAUAAGCUCGACAAUAACAGACGCUCAAAUCCAUUUGAUUGCAAGAAAGAUGAUGUAAAUGUAGAGUCAUUGAAAAAUAAGUUGCAUCUUAGCUUGAGCAUGGAUCAACAGGACGAUCAGUAUAACAAGGAAAGAUCACCUUCCAGCGUAAAAGAUGUCAAAGAUAUUAUUCUUGCUAGUUCUAAAAGUAUCCUCGGGAAAGUAUUAUCUCCUGCCAAAGAAAAAUUUGCCAAGGAGCAUAUAAUGAGAGAGAAGAGUAAGUCCCCACCGCAAGCUACGCAACAGCAACACCAGCAACGACCUAUUCUAAUGACACGGCGACAGUUAACAGAUCCAUUCGGUUCUGACGAUGAGGAAGAAAAUAUUCAAGUCGUCGAGGACAAGUUAUCGCGGUCCAUUUCCAUCACCAAAGCGCAAACCCCCGUACGAGACGAUUCCCAACAUUCGACGGACCGAGGAAGUCGCGGAAGCUCCGAGUGUCGAGGCGUGUCGCCCUCGCAUGAUGAACAACACCGAACGCAACACCCAUUAGUAACUCGUCACGAGGAGCUUAGAGAAAGAGCCAGGCAACUUUUAGAGCAAGCUAGAAAUCAGACAAAAAGCACUGGUCUUGGCUCCACUGGCGCAAGUCCCGUUGAGAAUAACGAAGAUCGGCAACAGCAGUUACGCGAAAGAGCGAGAAAACUGAUAGCUGAUGCGAGAAUGGGCGUUUCUAUGAAUUCUAGUCAAAUGAGUGAUGACAAUACCAGUGAUAGACGGUCUAUCGAUGAUCAGAAUAAUAGUCCCCGAAGAAGUAUGACACCCUCAACUCCUGGUGAUAGAAUCAGUGUCAAGUCUGAAUACAAUGGCAAUAUUUUGACAGAAGGGGAAAAGAAACUGGGUUCUCCACUCUAUUCAUUUUCCAAAAUUAUGGAAAGAAUAUCACCAGAAAAAAGUCCUGAUGGCGGUCCUUAUACUCGGAGAGGGUUGGGAAAAGACAUGCCAACAUACAUUCAGAAUGAAUUGGAAGCCCUCGAAAGGGAGCAGAGCCAAAUAGACGUACAAGCGGGUAAACUUGAAAAACAAUUAAGGGCAGCGAUGGAAAGUGACAAUGAGGAGGAAACGGAAAGACUGAUGUCAUUGUGGUUUACUCUUGUGAAUAAAAAGAACGCUCUUCUUAGACGUCAAAUGCAAUUGAACAUUCUUGAGAAAGAGGAUGACUUGGAAAGGAGAUUUGAACUAUUGAAUCGUGAAUUGAGGAGUAUAUUAGCCGUCGAUGAGUGUCAAAAGACGAACGAACAAAAAGUCCGGGAAAAUCUUUUGCUCGAAGAAUUAGUAUCCAUAGUUAAUAAACGAGAUGAGCUUGUGCAUCAUUUGGAUACUCAAGAACGAGCAAUCGAAGAUGACGACGAAAUAGAACGAAAUUUGUCGAGAGCCGGAUUAGCACAACGAAAUAAAAACUGCGUUAUUCAAUGAGAGAUCCGAGCCUUGUUUUAAUUGUUAUUUAAAGG